CUCGUCCGUGACGUCACUCUCCCGUCCUUCACUACCAGGCAGGAAACUUCCCGCGCUCUGCCCCCCUUCGGUGAAAGUUCACCAAAUUAAAGCCGAGUGGCGGGAGCUGUUGUCCGGAAGCGACGGUCAGAAGCUUGUGUUUAUAUCGUCGCGAGGAGACAAACAGGCCAUGGAUUUUAAAAGACGCAACGGUGCCACCUUCAGGGGCGGUGCACCUCAGGCCAAACGGGGUAAACCUGCCGGCGAGUGGGAGGACAGUCCGUCGCAGUUCGAAGAGGAACUGUCCAUGUUCGAUGAAACAGAUAUGGAUUCAGAGGCGAUGGAGGGACAGGCAGGUCAUGACGUUAUUCCCGUAGGUGAACUAUUCUCGGCAAACCUCAACCCUCGCUGGCCACGGCCUGCUGCUCCCCCGCUGGAACCAUCAUCUGAUACUUUGGUGUUUCAGCAGAUUGAUCUCGACUAUUAUUUAGGGAACGCAGUGGCUGGUAUGCCCGGUCAGUCGCAGGGAACAGUUCCCAUCAUCCGCAUGUUUGGGGUGACAGACAGCGGCAACAGUGUUUGUUGCCACAUUCACGGCUUUGCGCCUUACUUCUAUGUUCCUGCACCAAAUGGUUUUACGUCUGAUAACUUGGUUGAAUUUAAAAGAGAACUGAACUCUGCUGUGCUGAAGGACAUGCGCUCCAACAAGGACAACAUCUCCAUCACAGUGUUGGCUGUGGACAUCACCCAAAAAGAGAGCAUGUAUGGAUACCACGGACAACGCAGUAUCAGUUUCUUGCGGAUAACAAUGGCGAUGCCUCGCCUCAUUGCCCCGGCGAAGAGACUUCUGGAGCAGGGCAUAAAGUUCGGACCUUUCCAACACCAGAGUUACAAGGCCUACGAGGCCAAUAUAGAUUUUGAGAUCAGGUUUAUGGUGGAUUGCGCUGUGGUGGGAUGUUGCUGGAUUGAACUUCCCAAAGGCAAGUUCAGAGUGCGUGAGGAGAAGGCCUUGGGGGAAACGAAUACUCAGUACCCAAGCAAGGUGACCUUGUGUCAGUAUGAGGUGGACGUGGGAUGGACAGAUUUCAUAAGUCACCCAGCGGAGGGAGACUGGCAGAGGAUCGCACCACUCCGGGUCCUGAGCUUUGACAUUGAGUGUGCAGGAAGAAAAGGAAUCUUCCCAGAGGCUGAUAAAGACCCUGUGAUCCAGAUAGCGUCUAUGGUCCAGCGUCAGGGUGACUCGGAGCCCUUCAUUCGCACUGUGUUCACCCUCCAGUCCUGCGCCAGCAUUGUAGGCUCUCAGAUAUUGUGCUUCACACAGGAGAAACAGCUGCUGCAGAGCUGGGCGGAGUUUUUGAGAACAGUGGAUCCAGACAUCAUCACUGGAUACAACAUUCAAAACUUUGACUUUCCCUACCUGAUCAACAGAGCCACUGCUCUAAAGGUGAAUCUGUUUCCCUACUUGGGCCGAGUGAGAGGAAUCAAGUCAGUCUUGCGAGACCUGAACUUCCAGAGCAAGCAGAUGGGACGCAGAGAGAACAAGAUCACUAACAUAGAGGGACGUGUCCAGUUCGAUUUGCUGCAGGUGCUCCUGAGGGAUUAUAAACUGCGCUCAUACACACUAAACGCUGUGAGUUACCACUUCCUGCAAGAACAGAAGGAGGAUGUACAGCACUCCAUCAUCACUGAUCUGCAGAACGGCAACGAACAGACUCGCAGACGUUUGGCUGUCUACUGCCUGAAGGACGCCUAUCUCCCGCUGCGCCUGCUGCAGAAGCUGAUGUGUGUGAUUAACUACAUGGAGAUGGCCAGAGUGACAGGUGUGCCUCUCACAUACCUGCUGUCAAGAGGACAGCAGAUCAAGGUCGUCUCUCAGCUGCUGCGACAGGCCAUGAAGCAGGACCUGGUCAUGCCUGUCAUAAAGGUAGAAGGAGGAGAAGACUACACUGGAGCAACUGUCAUCGAGCCAGAGAAAGGGUAUUACAGCGUUCCCAUUACCACCCUGGACUUCUCCUCCUUGUAUCCCUCCAUCAUGAUGGCUCACAAUCUGUGCUACACCACCCUGCUGCAGAAGGGCUCAUCAGAGAAACUAGGCCUGUCAGCUGAGGACUUCAUCAAGACUCCGACUGGUGACCUGUUUGUGAGGAGCUCAGUGAGGAAAGGACUUCUACCUGAAAUCCUGGAGAACCUUCUGUCGGCCAGAAAGAGGGCCAAAACAGAGCUGAAGAAGGAAACUGACCCUUUCAAGAAGCAGGUGCUGGACGGACGUCAGCUGGCUCUCAAAAUCAGUGCUAACUCUGUGUAUGGCUUCACUGGGGCCCAGGUGGGCAAGCUGCCCUGUCUGGAGAUCUCUCAGAGCGUCACAGGUUUUGGGAGGCAGAUGAUCGAGCAAACCAAACAGCUGGUGGAGUCCAAGUACACCAUCUCCAGUGGGUACCCAGGUGAUGCCAAGGUCAUCUAUGGCGACACAGACUCUGUCAUGGUUAAACUCGGGGUUUCGACAGUGAAGGAGGCCAUGGAAAUCGGGAGAGAGGCAGCGGCGUGGGUGUCGUCCCAUUUCACACCACCAAUCAAACUGGAGUUUGAGAAGGUGUACUACCCGUACCUGCUGAUCAACAAGAAGCGAUAUGCCGGCCUGUAUUUCUCCUCCAGUGCAGACACACAUGAAAAGAUGGACUGUAAAGGCAUUGAGACCGUCCGCAGAGACAACUGCCCUCUGGUGGCGAACCUCAUCGGCACCUGUCUGCAGAGAAUCCUCAUUGACAGGGAUCCUCAGGGUGCAGUCGCUCAUGCCAAAGAGGUGAUCUCAGACCUGCUGUGCAACCGCAUCGACAUCAGCCAGCUGGUCAUCACUAAGGAGCUGACGCGCACCGCCCAGGAGUACGCUGCCAAACAGGCACACGUGGAGCUGGCAGAGAGGAUGAGGAAAAGAGAUGCCGGCAGUGCUCCCAACAUGGGAGACCGAGUUCCAUACGUCAUCAUCAAGGCGGCAAAGGGAGCAGCAGCUUACAUGAAGUCAGAGGAUCCAAUCUACGUGCUGGAGAACACCAUUCCCAUCGACACACAAUACUACCUGGAACAGCAGCUGUCCAAGCCCCUGCUGAGGAUAUUUGAGCCCAUCCUGGGAGAGAGCAAGGCGGAGAGCGUCCUGCUCAAGGGCGACCACACACGCUGCAAGACCGUGUUGACCUCGAAGGUCGGGGGACUCAUGGCGUUUGCUACGAAGAGGAACACCUGCAUCGGCUGCAAGGCUGUGCUCAAGGCGGACACGGCUGUGUGUGAUUUCUGUAAGAAGAAGGAGUCUGAACUUUACCAGAAGGAGAUCUUUCACAUGAACACACUGGAGGAACGUUUCUCUCGCCUGUGGACUCAAUGUCAGAGGUGUCAAGGUUCCCUGCAUGAGGAUGUGCUCUGUACCAGCCGGGAUUGUCCCAUCUUCUACAUGAGGAAGAAGGUUCAGAAAGAUUUGGAUGACCAGAGCAAGCUAGUGUCUCGUUUCGGAUGGUGAGGAAGAGGCACACACGCCCUCAUUCCUCCUCUUCCUCUUUAUGGACUCUUGGUUUUCUUUUUCUCUACGUCUUUCUGUGCUUGUAAAAAUGUGAUAUAUCGCACUGUUACUAUAUUUUCUAACAUGAAUAAAAAAUACAUUGAGUAUUUUUUUUGUAAAA